AAAACCCUAGCUAGAUACUUACUUCAAACACAUCCCAUCAGUACUCAAUUCAAUCUUCCUAAACCCUUAAAAGCCUCCGAUCUUUAAUUUCUUGAGAUCAAAUGGCUUCCAAGGCUUUAGCUACCACUGCUCUUCUCCUCUCCCUUAACCUCCUCUUCUUCACUUUGGUCACCUCCACAAGCACUCCUUGCCCACCACCGCCUAAGAAGCACCACCACCACCCAAAAAACGCAAGCCCUGCACCGCCCAAGCCCUCUAAGGCCGUGUGCCCCAAGGACACCUUGAAGUUGGGAGCUUGCGCUGACGUGUUGAACGGCUUGGUGCACCUUGUGGUUGGUCCACCAAAGUUCCCUUGCUGCAGCCUCAUUCAGGGUCUCGUUGAUCUCGAUGCCGCUGUGUGCCUUUGCACUGCUAUUAAGGCUAAUGUUCUGGGCAUCAACCUUAACGUCCCCGUUUCGUUGAGCUUGCUCUUGAACUACUGUGGCAAAAAGGUUCCAUCUGGCUACGAAUGUGCUUGAAUGAAGUGACUUGCACUUGAUCUUGCUUUUUAGUUUCCUUGAUUUGACCUUACUGUUUCGUGGUGUGUGUUUCUCCUGAGAGGUUUGGGAUGUUAAUUUAUUGGUAAAGUCCAAUAUUACACAUUCGUACUUUGUAAUUCUUUAUAUGUAUUGUUUUGAUGGAUUGAAGGCUCCUUGCCUUCAUCCUAGUCAUGUCCAGUGAAAAAUAUUGCAAUAUUAAUUAAUAAAAUGUGAUUUUACAGAAA